AUGGCUGCGGAUAGAGCCAUGACCGACGGUUUCGUCGCCGCGUGGCAUGCCUACCGUCUACCUAUCCUCAUUGCCCUGUCAGCGCUAUUCUUCGCUAUUCGCGCCUAUCGUACCUUCUCCCGGUCAAAAACUCCAGCCUCGGCCUCCGUCCCGUCCUCACCGCGCAGCCAGUCUCCCGAGAAGCUAGAGAAAGUCGUCCCCGCAACAGAAAAGCAACCUAUCCCAGAGAUCAAAGAAAACGCCAAGCCAGUCCGCAGUGAAUCUGCAGCCAAGCCACAAUCGGGUCCCAAGCGUGUCCAGGGAAAGAAGCCUGCAAAGACAAUUGGCGGUCGCCGUACUUCCAGCGAGGAAGUGGCCCAGGCCGUCACCCACAUCCAGCCCAUCAUUUUCUUUGCCUCUUUGACAACCAACACUGAACGAUAUGCAAAUGUCCUUUUGGAAGACUUGCGUGCUGCCGCCCAGAAUCAAUCAAAUUUGGAAAGCCCAGGCCGAGGUCUCCUACCUCCGCAGAUCCAUGAUAUCUCGUACAUCGACUUUGACGACUUUUUUGUCUCCGCCCCGAAGCCACCUUCAACGUCUCCCGGAACACGCUACGUGUACUGCAUCUUGGUUCCUACCUACAACAUCGAUACUGUACUGAGCACCUUCCUGGGUGACCUGCAGGAAACCCACAAUGAUUUCCGAAUUGACACUGGUUCGCUGCACCAAUUGGCCGGUUACUCGGUCUUUGGCUUUGGCGACAAGGAAGAGUGGCCGACUGAGGAGGAGGGCUUCUGUACACAGGCGAAGGAGAUCGAUCGGUGGAUGUCAAAGCUCACCGGUCGCAAGCGAGCUUACCCAAUGGGCAUGGGUGAUGUCAAGAGUGAUGCCGACGCUGCUUUGAAGGAGUGGUCUCAGGGACUCCAGGAGACAUUGUCGGAUAUUUUGGAAAACGGUGGUUUGGGCGAAGGUGUCGAGGGUAGCGGUGAUGCUGUGGAGAGUGACGAGGAAGAUGUGGACGAUGACGACGAGAAAGAAAAGAAAAGCUCCUCGACCAUGGUGGAUCUCGAGGAUAUCAAGAUGAACAGCGACUCCGCACCCCUUCCCGUUGAUUUUACCACUGUGGGCAAAGUUUUGUCUUCUGAGGCCAGUGCUAAGGAGAUGGUUCCCAAGACCUCGCCCACCUAUGCCUCUCUGACCAAACAGGGUUACACGAUUGUCGGUUCGCACUCUGGUGUCAAGAUCUGCCGAUGGACCAAGUCCGCGUUGCGAGGACGAGGCUCUUGCUACAAGUUCUCCUUCUAUGGUAUCCGAUCCCAUUUAUGCAUGGAGGCAACACCAUCCCUGUCCUGUAGCAACAAGUGCAUUUUCUGCUGGCGUCACGGCACCAACCCGGUUGGAACAACUUGGCGGUGGAAGGUUGAUACUCCCGAGCUGAUCUUCGAGGGCGUCAAGGAAGGUCAUUACAAGAAGAUCAAGAUGAUGAAGGGUGUUCCUGGUGUCCGAGCUGAACGAUUCGCUGAGGCCAUGCGCAUCCGCCACUGUGCCUUGAGUCUGGUCGGUGAGCCCAUCUUCUAUCCUCACAUCAACCGCUUCCUUGAAAUGCUCCACGCGGAGCACAUCUCCAGCUUCAUGGUGUGCAAUGCCCAGCACCCCGACCAACUUGAGAAUCUGCACCGCGUUACCCAAUUAUACGUCUCUAUUGAUGCCAGUAACCGAGAGAGUCUGCGGAAGAUUGACCGCCCAUUGCACCGUGAUUUCUGGGAGCGCUUCCAGCGCUGUCUCGAUAUCCUGCGAGAGAAACGACACGUCCAGCGAACUGUGUUCCGAUUGACCUUGGUCAAGGGUUUCAACGUCGAUGACGAGGUGAUCGGAUACGCGAACUUGGUUGAAAAGGCUUUGCCAUGUCUGAUCGAGGUAAAGGGUGUCACCUACUGUGGAACCAGCACGAGUGCGGGUGCCGGCUUGACCAUGCAGAACGUUCCCUUCUAUGAAGAGAUCGCCUCGUUUGUUGUCGCCCUCAACGAGGAGCUGGAGCGCCGUGGUCUCGGAUAUGGCCUCGCUGCAGAGCACGCCCACAGCUGCUGUGUGCUGCUCGCCUCCAAGCGAUUCCAUGUGAAUGGGAAAUGGCAUACACGAAUUGAUUACCCUCGCUUCUUUGAGUUGUUGGAGAAGGAGAAGGCUGACGGAACCUCUUUCACUCCCGAGGAUUAUAUGCAAGAAACUGAGGAGUGGGCACUUUGGGGCAAUGGUGGAUUCAACCCAGAGGAUGAGCGGGUGCAUCGUAAGGGCAAGAACAGAGAUAGACCUAUCGAAGCAGCUCCUUUGGAGGAUGUUUCAACAUCAUGA